AUGAGAACCUUCAGCGAUCAUAUUGUUCUUUGUGUUGUUACAGCAUGGGGCGAAUCUCUGCUGUCACUGCCGAAGCGAUGGCUGAGCACUCAGGUCUACGGCUCCGAAGACGAAGACUUCCAGAAUAUCCAGCUGCCGAAGCUGCCAGUUCCGGAGCUCGAGACGACCAUGGAAAUAUACCUAGAGUUCGCAUCAGUGGUGGUGAGUCAGCAAGCGUUGGAGCACUCUCGAGGGCUGGCUCGAGGCUUCAUGGAAGAACUGGGUCCCCGUCUGCAGGAGAUGCUGCUUGAUAGACAGAAAGAAAUGGAUAAUUGGGUAAGUUCUUACUCUCCAAGAAAGUGA